AUGCCGCCGUCAACGGGCACAAACGCGGACAUCUACCUCCUGACGCUGCCGGUCAUUUUUGGUUUUGUGCUGCCCUUCGUUGCAGCAAUCGGUUUCUACCAGUGCAUAUCCUACAGUCGUGCCAAAGCCAUCUACGAGAAGCGCAUCUUCGUCAUGCGGAAGAAACUUCGCCACCGACUGCGCCAGUGCAAGGCGGAGGGUGUCUUUACGCCACGUCACAAGAUACGCGAGCACGGCUUCGAGGACUUGUGCGAGCUCUCUAGCGAUGACGACGAUCACACCAGUCCGGGCAACAGUCCUGAGAGGGGGAACCACAGCGUGCCUAGCGACUCACGGACGUCCGAUCGAAGAAAGUCGCAGAGGUCCACCAACCGCAGCGGUGAAUCAUGCCCCUCCUUUGUGCUCGAAGAUGUGAGUAUGUUAGAGAGUGAGGAAGGGACCUCUGACGAUUCGUGGUGA